AGUCGUUCACGAUUCACGAACAACUACGCAGCACUUGCGAGAGCCUCGAAUUUUACGAGAGAUUAGAUCAUAGACUGCAAGAACAUGCCGACAUAUAAGCUAACGUAUUUCAAUGUUACCGGCCUUGGAGAGUCACUUAGGUACAUGUUACAUCAUUGUGGCAUUAAAUUCGAGGAUGUCAGAGUCGAGUUCGAUGAUUGGCCGAAGCUUAAACCAAACAUGCCUAUGGGACAAAUGCCGAUCUUAGAGAUCGACGGUAAAAUAUAUCAUCAAUCCAGAGCCAUCGGUCGCUACAUCGCCAAGAAAGGUAAUUUAUAUGGCUCCGACGAACUUGAGGCCAUGGAGAUUGAUGCCACUAUUGAUUCAAUGGACGAUAUAAGACAGGCUUUAUCUACUUAUUAUUGGGAACAAGAUCCUGCUUUCAAAGCAAAACUCAAGGAGACCGCUUUCGAAAAAUUGCCCUUCUAUCUCGACAAAUUCGAGGCUCAAGUCAAGAAGAACGGUGGUUACUUUGUCGGUGGCAAGCUCUCGUGGGCAGAUUUCCUGUGGGCUGGAUAUUGUGACUAUCUGAGCUUUGUUUUGGCUGGGGACCCGAACAAGGAUCAUCCUGAAUUGAAGAAGCUACGGGAGAAAGUUCGCGCUUUGCCCAACAUAAAGGCCUACCUUGAGAAACGACCCAAGACACAACUGUAAAUGAAACGAUUUAUAAUUUUAUACUCUUCCUUUGAUUUGUUACGUUGAUAUUAGGUAUCUAUUUUCUCUCGAAACGUUUUGUGAAAGAAUAGCAUGCAAAUGCAUUACCAUUAAACAGCUUUAAUCACUUUCUCUGCAACCUAACAGUUAAUGUUAUUACAUAACAAAUAAUAUUAUUAUAAGCGAUGUUGCUUUAGCACAAUAUCCAAUAUAAACUAAUAUUAUUACGUAACAGAUAUAGAAAGGAAAUAAAAUCUUUUUCAUUCAAUAAAA